AUGAAACCAUUUCGAUCUUCUCCAGCCAUCUCAGUCUCGUCCUCGCUGCUCGAUUCUCCUCUUUCUCCGGCUCCGAUUUUCAGCAACCGGCGAGGAAGGAUCAUUGCCUACUCCAGAUUCCGAUCGCUCAACCGAUUUUCCACCUCAUCGGCAGCGGCGACAAAAUGGAACUCCACUACCCACGGCAUCAUCAAUCAACCGGCUCUGCUUCUCAUGCUGGAUUCCUGCAAUUCCAUGCUCCAACUGAAGCAAAUCCAAGCCCACCUGACCACCACCAGUCUCAUCACUCGUACUUUCCCCGCCAGCCGUGCAUUGGCUUUCUGCGCUCUCGCCGACGGCGGAGACAUCUGUCAUGCAGCUGCUCUGUUUGCAAGGAUUCAGAAACCUAAUAAUUACAUGUGGAAUACCAUGAUUAGAGGGUGGGGUAAAGCUAAACAGCCACGAGUUGGGUUUUCGCUGUUUCGGCGGAUGGUUAGGGAGAGGGCGGAGAUGGACGCAAGGAGCUUCGUCUUCUCGCUGAAGGUAUGCGAGCAGUUCUCGACGGCGUUUAAAGGGGAAUGUGUUCAUGGGAUUACUUGGAAGACUGGGUUUCGUGGGUCUUUGUUGGUUUCGAACGUGCUGAUUCAUUUUUAUGGUGGUCAUGGGCGAGUUGAGUUAGCAGGUAAGCUGUUUGAUGAAAUGCCUGUGAAGGAUGCUGUUUCCUGGACGUCCAUGAUAGAUGAGUAUUCAAGUAAUAAUCGAUGCGAUGAUGCGAUGAAGCUUUUCAAGUAUAUGCUGUCUUCCGAUGUUGAGCCGAAUGAGGUAACAAUGAUUGCAGUUCUUUCCGCUUGCUCACAAAAUGGGGAUUUAGAAAUGGGUAAGGAUGUUCAUGAAUGCAUUAGGAGCAAAAGCAUGGACUUUACGCUGAAUUUGAUGAAUGCAAUUCUGGAUAUGUACAUAAAAUGUGGUUGCUUGGGUGCUGCCGAGGAGAUUUUUGACAAAAUGGAAGUUAGGGAUGUGUUCUCUUGGACUAGCAUGGUUAAUGGAUAUGCCAAAGCUGGUGAGCUAGAGUUGGCGAGAAAGUUGUUUGGUGACAUGCCUGACAGGAAUACAGUUUCUUGGAAUGCUUUGAUUGCCGGGUACUCUCAGAAGGAUCGACCAAAGGAGGCUAUAGAAUUGUUUCACCGCAUGAUAGAAGCUGGGCUAGCUCCAAUGGAGGACACAUUGGUUUGUGUCCUAUCUGCCUGUGGUCAGCUAGGUUCUGUGGAAUUGGGUCAGUGGAUUUAUCUCCACUACAUUGACAACCAACAAAUUAAGAACACUCUGAUCAUAUCAAAUGCAUUUAUUGACAUGUAUGCUAAAUGCGGGCUAAUAGAUUCCGCUGCAAACAUUUUCCACAAGAUGCCUAAAAGAGACUUGGUUUCUUGGAAUUCAAUAAUUGCAGCAUAUGCUGCUCAUGGAAACCCCAACCAAGCUCUCAGUAUCUUCCACCAAAUGCUACUCGCCAAUUUCAAGCCUGACAGGAUUACUUUUGUUGGCGUCUUAUCAGCCUGCAGUCAUGGCGGAUUAGUGGCAGAGGGCCACAAGUAUUUCCACAACAUGAAGAAUGAUUUUGGCAUUGAGCCAACGAGGGAACACUAUGCGUGUAUGGUUGAUUUGCUUGGCAGGGUCGGGCAACUAGAAGAUGCAUUCAAGAUGAUCAGUGGGAUGCCAAUGGAACCAAGCCAAGCUGCUUGGGGAGCCCUCCUGAAUGCUUCCAGGAUGCAUGGGAAUGUUGAACUCGCGAAGCUUGCUGCCAAUAAGCUUUUGGAGCUUGAUCCUGAAGAUAGCGGCACAUAUGUUCUGUUGGCUACUGUUUGUGCCGGGAAUAAGAGAUGGGGUGACGUGAGGAUGGUAAGAAGCAUGAUGAGGGAGAAGGGUGUUAAGAAAACUCCUGGUCGAAGCUUGGUAGAUGUUGAGGGUAAGUUUCAUGAAUUCUUGGCUGGGGACGUUUCUCAUUUACAGUUUGAUAGAAUUUGUAAAGCUUUGAAGGGCAUAUUUUUGCUAUCGGAAAUGGACGAGGCUGAAUAUUAUGCAUUGGCAGUAGCUUCUGACUAUUGA